AGGGGCGGUGCAAGUUCCGUGCGCGUGCGCGUUCCCUGGUCAUCUAAGCAAGAUGGCGCCGGUGGAUCACGUUGUGGCGGACGCCGGGGCUUUCCUGCGGGACGCGCCUCUACAGGACAUCGGGAAAAACAUCUACACCAUCCGGGAGGUGGUCAGCGAGAUUCGGGAUAAAGCCACGCGCAGGCGGCUUGCGGUCCUGCCUUACGAGCUGAGGUUCAAGGAGCCCUUCCCGGAGUACGUGCGGCUAGUGACCGAGUUUUCAAAGAAGACUGGAGACUAUCCCAGUCUCUCUGCCACAGAUAUCCAAGUGCUGGCACUCACCUACCAGUUGGAAGCAGAGUUUGUUGGGGUGUCUCACCUAAAACAAGAACCAGAAAAGGCUAAAGUGACCUCAUCAAUUCAACACCCAGAAACUCCUCUGCACAUUACUGGUUUCCAUCUGCCCUCCGAGCCUAACCCCCAAAAAAAUACAGUAGAAAAAGGACUCCCAGCUGGUGAGCCCGAGAACCUAGAAUUCAGUUCCUUCAUGUUCUGGAGAAACCCGCUGCCUAAUAUUGAUCAUGAACUCCAGGAGCUUCUGAUUGACAGAGGUGAGGACAUUCCAAGUGAGGAGGAAGAGAGGAAAGGGGAAGACAGUGAUGAUGAUGGGGGUGGGUGGAUAACCCCCAGCAACAUCAAGCAGAUCCAGCAGGAGAUGGAGCAGUGCGACAUCCCAAAGGACGUGCGCGUCGGCUGUGUGACUACAGACUUUGCCAUGCAGAAUGUCCUGCUGCAGAUGGGGCUACACGUACUGGCGGUGAGCGGCCUGCUGAUCCGUGAGGCCCGCAGCUACAUCCUGCGCUGCCACGGCUGCUUUAGGACAACAUCUGACAUGAGCCGAGUGUUCUGUUCACAUUGUGGGAACAAGACUCUAAAGAAAGUAUCAGUGACGGUCAGCGAUGAUGGCACCCUGCAUAUGCACUUUUCCCGAAACCCCAAAGUGCUGAAUCCUCGAGGCCUCCGGUACUCACUUCCUACUCCCAAAGGGGGCAAAUACGCUAUCAACCCCCAUCUGACUGAGGAUCAGCGCUUCCCUCAGCUGCGACUCUCCCGCAAGGCCAGGCAGAAAACCAACGUAUUUGCCCCUGACUACACAGCAGGGGUUUCUCCCUUCGCAGAGAAUGACAUCUCCAGCCGGUCAGCUACCCUGCAAGUCCGGGACAGCACUUUGGGAGCUGGGAGGAGACGCUUAAAUCCCAAUGCUUCCAGAAAGAAGUUUGUGAAGAAAAGGUGAGGUGCAAGCUCCCGCAGACAAACCUGACUGCUGUCCUGGCUGCUGAGGAGGUCUGGGGUCUCGUUUCCCAGCUGUGUUGUCUCCAGAACCAUCUGGUGGAAAGACGAGGCUGGCUUCAGUGCUACCGGUUGGAUUGGUGGUGACACUGGGCCAUCCCUUAGCCUGUGAGCAUCCAGCGAGCUGUGACUCUGGCCAGGUGAAGGGUAAUUUGAUGAAAACAGAACAGUGCCCUGGAGUAAAUCUUCAACCUUUAAAGAAAUGAAUUUCCAAGUGAUGGUAUUUUUCUAAUAAAUGUGGUGGCAAGCUUC